AUUUGAUAAUUGAUAUUUACCGUCUAUUACUCAUUUGUUCAUUACUUAAUAAGCAAACCUACCAAACUCGACUGCCAAUUUGACUGAAUCGCAGUAGUCCUCCUAAUUGAUGCUUUCUGCGGAUUUAUUACCAUGAUAAUAACCAAUAAAAAGGAGGAGGAAAGGAGCCAUUGAUAAGCAUGUGCUGCCAGCCGCACGGUGGUGGUAUCCUCUUGGGAUGAUGGACUGAAGAGUGUAAAGGAAGAAUAAUAUUGUAGGUGGCGGGAUUCAUCCCAUCAUUAUUGCGGUCCAGUAAUUUCCUCUCAAAUUAUAUUAGUAUUCGAUUUCAUCCUUCUUCAACUGAAAGAAAUGACCAUCAGCUCCGUCUGAUGAUGACGUCGUCUAGUAAUUCGGCUACUGCGACAGCGGGAACACCACCGCCGCUCCUGUCUCAAACCCUUGGUGGCCCGUCCAGAUGCGGCCGGGUGCUGGGUCCAUCCCUCGAUAAGAUCAUCAAGAACGCCACUUGGAGAAAACACUCCCAUUUGGUUUCUCUCUCCAAAUCCGCAAUCGACAAGCUCAAUUCCAUCGCCGACAACCCCGAUCCCGCCACCUGCCUCCCUCUCUACGGCAUACCUUCCUCCCAGGAUGCCGAUUUCCUUCUCCAACCGCUCAUUUUGGCUCUCAACUCCGGUACCCCUAAAGUCGUCGAGCCCGCCCUCGACUGCGCUUACAGGCUCUUCUCAUUGGGCAUCAUCCGUGGCGAGAUCGAGCGCGGGCCCAACCUCGACGCCGACCCCGCCUACCCCUCUUCUCUCAUCUUCCGCCUCAUUGAUUCGGCCUGCAAAUGCGCGUCUGUUCGCGACGAGUCGGUCGAGCUGGCCGUGCUCCGGCUGCUGCUUGGCGCGGUGCGAUCUCCCUGCGUUUUGAUCAGAGGUGAUUGCCUGGUCCACGUUGUGAGGUCAUGCUAUAAUAUAUAUCUUGGGGGAUCCAACGGUACCAAUCAGAUCUGUGCCAAGUCUGUCCUAGCUCAGAUGAUGGUUAUCAUGUUCGCCAGGGUUGAGCAUAAUUCCAUGCUUGCAGAUGCUUCCUUUAAGAUAGUCUCCGUGGCAGAGCUGUUGGAAUUCACAGACCGGAACUUGAACGAGGGAAGUUCCGUUCAUUUUGUUCAGAACUUCAUCAACGACGCCGUAACCGACGCUCCUAAAUUAGAAGUAGUUCUUCCCACACCUCCCCAGCUGGAACUGUGGACUGGCACUGGGACUGGGUCCGCAGAGCAGCAAUUGGAAUCGGAUUCGAGUUCUUCUUACUCUAAAAUCGCAGAAGACGGGUUUGUUGUGUACAAGAACCUUUGUAAGUUGUCAAUGAAGUUCUCCUCACAGGAACAUCAAGAUGAUCAAAUUCUGUUGAGAGGGAAAAUUUUAUCUUUGGAACUUUUGAAGGUCAUUAUGGACAAUGCCGGCCCUGUUUGGCGCACUAAUGACAGAUUUCUUAAUGCGAUAAAGCAAUACCUGUGCCUGUCACUGUUGAAGAACAGUGGGUUAUCAGUCAUGACAAUAUUUCAACUUCUUUGCUCUAUAUUUGGGAGCUUAAUAAUAAAGUUCAGAUCCGGCUUGAAAGCGGAGAUUGGAAUUUUCUUUCCUAUGCUUAUUCUUCGGGUGCUAGAGAAUGUUCUUCAACCUAGUUUCUUACAAAAGAUGACUGUCCUAAGUUUGCUGGACAGGAUUUCUCAGGAUUCACAGCUUGUUAUUGAUGUUUUUGUGAACUAUGAUUGCGAUGUUGAUGCCCCUAAUAUAUUUGAAAGGACUGUCAAUGGCCUUCUGAAAACUGCUCUAGGUCCUCCACCUGGUUCGACUACAACCUUGUCUCCAGUCCAUGACAUUACUUUUCGUGUUGAAUCGGUAAAAUGCUUGGUCAGAAUAAUCAAGUCAAUGGGAUCAUGGAUGGACCAACAGAUGAAAGCUGGAGAACUGCAUCCACCUUUGUCUGAGAAUGAUAUUAGCGAGAGUUCUACGAUGGUUAGCGAAGAAGUGAAUUUUACCGAUCUUGAGCUUAACUCUGAAGUUAAUUCUGAGUACUCUGAUGCUGCAACUGUGGAGCAACGUCGAGCAUAUAAGUUAGAGAUUCAGAAAGGUGUUUCACUGUUCAACAGGAAACCUUCCAAGGGGAUUGAGUUCUUGAUAAGCACAAAAAAAGUUGGUAGUUCUCCGGAGGCAGUGGCAUUGUUUCUGAAGAAUACUUCUGGACUGAAUGAAACCAUGAUUGGUGAUUAUUUGGGUGAAAGAGAAGAUUUCCCCUUGAAAAUUAUGCAUGCGUAUGUGGAUUCCUUCAAUUUUGAAGGUAUGGACUUUGGAGAGGCUAUCAGAUUUUUCUUAAGGGGAUUUCGUCUACCUGGUGAAGCUCAGAAGAUUGACCGCAUCAUGGAGAAAUUUGCUGAGCGCUAUUGUAAAUGCAACUCAAAUUCGUUUACCAGUGCAGAUACAGCUUACGUUCUAGCUUACUCUGUCAUCAUGCUUAACACUGAUGCCCACAACUGUAUGGUUAAGGACAAGAUGACUAAGGCUGAUUUCAUCCGAAAUAAUCGAGGAAUCGACGGUGGCAAGGAUUUGCAGGAAGAAUAUUUGGGUGCCCUCUAUGAUCAAAUUGUAAAGAAUGAGAUAAAGAUGAAUGCAGAUUCUUCUGUGCCUCAGAACAGGCAAGGAAACGGUCUUAAUAUAUUACAAGGAUUGGAAAGUAUUCUGAAUCUAGUUUGGAAGCAGAACGAAGAAAAGCCUGUGAGUGCAAAUGGAUACCUCAUAAGGCACAUUCAGGAACAGUUUAAAGCCAAAUCGGGGAAAUCAGAGUCCGUAUACCAUGCUGUUUCAGAUCCAGCAAUACUAAGGUUCAUGGUUGAAGUAUGCUGGGGCCCAAUGCUCGCUGCAUUCAGUGUGACUGUUGACCAGAGUGAUGAUAAGGAGGCGACAUCACUUUGCUUACUGGGUUUCCGGCAUGCUGUUCAUGUGACUGCUGUGUUGGGUAUGCAGACCCAGAGAGAUGCAUUUGUUACCACUGUGGCUAAGUUUACCAACCUUCACUGUGCAGCUGAUAUGAAGCAAAAAAAUGUUGAUGCUGUCAAGGCAAUGAUAACUAUUGCCAUUGAGGAUGGGAAUUAUCUUCAUGAAGCUUGGGAGCACAUCUUAACUUGCCUAUCUCGUUUUGAGCAUUUGCAGCUGUUAGGAGAAGGGGCACCUUCUGAUGCCUCCUUUUUCACUGUUGAAACUGAUGAAAAGACAACCAGCUUGAAGGGAGCAACUGUAAAGAAGAAGGGAAACCUUCAAAACCCUGCCGUUGUGGCAGUUGUUCGUGGGGGUUCAUAUGACAGCACCAGUGUUGGAAUGAAUUCAUCGUCAUCUGGGUUGGUAACCUCAGAACAGAUCAGUAAUUUCAUAACCAAUCUAAAUCUGCUUGAUCAGGUAGGGAGUUUUGAGUUGAACCAUAUAUUUGCUCAUAGCCAAAGGUUAAACAGCGAGGCAAUUGUGGCCUUUGUGAGAGCACUGAGCAAAGUUUCCAUGUCAGAGUUACAGUCUCCUACAGAUCCUCGUGUAUUCAGCCUUACUAAAAUUGUCGAAGUGGCGCACUACAACAUGAAUCGGAUUAGAUUAGUCUGGUCACGCAUAUGGACUGUCCUUUCAGAAUUUUUUGUAUCAGUUGGUUUGUCUGAGAAUCUCUCUGUUGCAAUUUUUGUCAUGGACUCCUUGCGGCAACUAUCAAUGAAAUUUUUGGAGCGAGAAGAGCUGGCAAAUUAUAACUUCCAGAAUGAAUUUUUGAAACCUUUUGUUAUUGUCAUGGAGAGGAGUAACUCUGGAGAAAUCAGAGAGUUGAUAGUUCGUUGUAUUUCACAGAUGGUUCUCAGUCGUGUCAAUAACGUGAAAUCCGGUUGGAAAAGUGUUUUUAUGGUUUUUACUGCUGCUGCAGCUGAUGAGAGGAAAAAUAUAGUACUGUUGGCCUUCCAAACCAUGGAAAAGAUAGUGCGAGAAUACUUUUCAUAUAUAACUGAGACUGAGACUGUGACAUUUACUGAUUGUGUAAAAUGCCUCAUCACCUUCACAAAUAGUAGGUUUAACAGUGAUGUUAGUCUAAAUGCCAUUGCUUUUCUCCGGUUUUGUGCUGUGAAACUAGCGGAGGGAGGACUUGUUUGUGAGCAAAAAGAAGAUGCAUCAUAUGAAUCAGUGACAGAAAGGCAUGAUUCAGUUGAGAACUCAUCGUUUUGGCUUCCACUGCUAACGGGUAUAUGCUGUAAACAUUAGGACGGGCCUGUUUCAUUUUUCAUGUCUUUGUUUCUUUCGCUAGCAUGAGUUAAGGUGAUGCAGUUUUUGGCUCCAUUCAAAAACAUCUUACUAUUUCAGAGGAAAUCAGUCAUUAAAGUUGCUUUUUUUUAUUAAAAAAAAAAAAACCCUACAUAGAGGUGGGAGAAUUAAGAUUGUGCACUGACAUUUGCUAUUGCCCUUUGUUGAUGGGCAGGAAUGACCUUACUUCUUGCUUGAAAAUUUGUUAUUUUCCUAGUUCAACAUUCUUUGAGAAGAACAUUCUCUUGGUUUCCCGAAAGAUUUUUCACCUUGGUGUUUGAAAUUGUUUAUUCCUUUUUCCUUUUUGAAUCGCCCUGAUCAGAUAUAGCUAAUCUGCUGAACUUUCCUUCAAGACAUGACAGAUAGCUGAAUUGAUCUAUCCUAGGAAUGCAUGAUAUUAUAGCUUCUCUUGACAGUUGAACUGAUAACUUUUCAGGUUUAUCUAAAAUGACUUCAGAUCCGAGGUUUGCUAUCAGGAAAAGUGCAUUGGAAGUUCUGUUCAAUAUUCUGAAAGAUCACGGGAAUCUUUUUUCGCAUGUUUUCUGGAACAGUAUUUUUGGUUCUGUUAUACUUCCCAUAUUCAAUUCCAUACAUGAUGAGAAGCAAAAAAUGGAACAAAAUAAGGAAAACCAGCGUCCUUUACGUGAUAGUCAACCAUCCUUUCUACAACUUGAUGCGAACUUAUGGGAUUCGGAAACUGCUGUGCUGGCAGUUGAUUUUCUGGUAGGCCUGUUUGUCAAUUUCUUUGUGGCCCUCAGAUCGGAAUUGCAGGAUGUGGUCUCAAUUUUGGCUGCAUUUAUCUUGAGUCCUGUCCAAGGUCUAGCUAGGUCUGGUGUAGCUGCCGUGAAGCGAUUGGCUAGUGAUGUAGGAGGGAAACUUACGAAAGAGGAAUGGCAAGAUAUAUUCUUUGCUUUGGAAAGGGCAGCUGCUUCCAGUCUCCCUGGAUUCCUUAAUCUUGUGAGAACCAUGGACAGCAUCGCUAAGCUGGACCCUGAUCUGGCGCAUAAUAAUAACUAUACUGACUUCAAAACCUCAUCUGGCCAAAAUGGCUUGACCAAUGAUGAUUCCGAUGAGGACAAUCUGCAAGCCGCUGGAUAUGUCAUUUCUAGGAUGAAGAGCCAUAUAACAGCACAGUUACUGAUGAUACAGGUUUUCCUAUCGAUGUCCAUUUGUUUACUUUGCUUGAAUUACUGCAGUAUUAGCAUAAGUACCUGCUUUAGCAUCGCUUAUGUUCAUAUUUAAACUAUAAGGUUUCCUAUACUCUCUCCCCAGGUUGCAACCGACCUGUACAAGAUGCAUGCACAAUCUUUAUCUGCUGACGCAGUUACCAUUCUUCUCCAACUCUUUUCUUCUACUGCGAAUCAUGCCCAUGAACUACACUCUAACAGAGUCCUACAGCUGAAGGUGGAGCGAACGUGCUCAAUCCUUGAGGUUCCAGAUCCGCCUAUCCUUCACUUUGAAAAUGAAUCCUAUCAGAACUACCUCAAUUUUUUGUGUGAUUUGCUGGUUAGUGAUCCAUCUAUUUCCGGAGGAAAGAAACAAGAAGCCCAACUGGUAUCCGUAUGCGAGAAAAUUCUGCGAGUAUAUUUGGAGUGUGCUGGCAACGAUUCUGUAUCAUCAACAAUGUCAGCGGCUUCAUUCUGUCACUGGAGUCUUCCUUUGGGUUCUGCCCAGAAAGAGGAGUUGGCAGCAAGGACUCCUCUAGUCUUGUCUGUGUUUAGAAUAUUGAGUGGAUUGGAACAGGAUUCCUUUAGGAAUUAUAUCCCACAAUUGUUCCCUGUACUGGUAGAGUUUGUACGGAGUGAACAUAGUUCAGGUGAAGUUCAGAAGGCUCUCAGCAACAUUUUUCAGUCAUUCAUAGGACCAUUACUAAACUAAAUUGUUGGAUCUUCAAUAAUAUUAAAAUUAUUAGGGUUAGCAUGUACACCCAUUUGCUAGUAGUGGCCAAUUACUUUGCACAUUAAGGAAAUUUCUGAUUUCAUUGUUUUGAAAAAAAUUAUAUAUGUUUCAUGUUUCUCCCUUCAAAUUUUUUUUUU